UAUGCAGUUCCAGCCCUUGAAGCUCAUUGUGUGGAGUUUCUUAAAAAAAACCUCCGAGCAGACAACGCUUUCAUGCUGUUAACUCAGGUGGUUCCUUCCAGAGUGUGAGCUGGGGAUGGAGUUAACAGGGUGGAAAGAUUUCAUCUGCCAAGAAGAAAAGUGGAAUGAGAGGAUUUCCGUGUGUUACAGAAUCAGGACUGGCCCGGCUGUUUGAUGAGCCCCAGCUGGCCAGCCUGUGCCUGGAGAACAUAGACAAGAACACCUCAGAUGCCAUCAAUGCAGAGGGGUUUACAGACAUUGACCUGGACACCCUGGUGGCAGUGCUGGAGAGGGACACCCUGGGGAUCCGGGAGGUUCGCCUGUUCAAUGCCGUGGUGCGCUGGUCGGAGGCCGAGUGUCAGCGGCAGCAGCUCCAGGUGAUUCCAGAGAACAAGCGCAAGGUUCUGGGCAAAGCUCUCUCCCUUAUCCGCUUCCCACUGAUGACUAUUGAGGAGUUUGCAGCAGGGCCUGCCCAGUCGGGGAUCCUGACGGACCGGGAGGUGGUGAGCCUGUUCCUGCACUUCACGGUGAACCCGAAGCCGCGGGUGGAGUUCAUCGACCGGCCCCGGUGCUGCCUGCGGGGCAAGGAGUGCAGCAUCAGCCGCUUCCAGCAGGUGGAGAGCCGCUGGGGGUACAGUGGGACGAGUGACAGGAUCAGGUUCUCAGUAAACAAAAGGAUAUUUGUAGUUGGGUUUGGAUUAUACGGAUCCAUACACGGGCCAACGGAUUACCAAGUAAAUAUACAGAUCAUCCACACGGACAGCAACACAGUCCUGGGGCAGAACGACACCGGCUUCAGCUGUGACGGAUCAUCCAACACCUUCCGGGUCAUGUUCAAGGAGCCCGUUGAGAUUUUACCCAACGUCAACUACACAGCCUGUGCUACUCUAAAGGGUCCAGAUUCCCACUAUGGAACCAAAGGACUGCGCAAAGUGAUCCAUGAAUCACCAACAACGGGAGCCAAAACCUGCUUUACGUUCUGUUACGCGGCUGGGAACAACAACGGCACCUCCGUGGAGGAUGGGCAAAUCCCAGAGAUCAUCUUCUACACAUAGUGCCACUGCCCAGCCCGCCCUGGACUCGACUCUUCCCCAUCACCUCCCAAACUAAAUCUCUGGCUGAGUUUGACCACACCAAUUGGAGCCACACUAGCCAAAGGUCUCAGUGAAACCAUUUCAGAGCUCGUGUCCUGCCUUGUGCUAGUGCUGCUGCUGCUCUCAGGUGCCAGGCGAGCUGGUGUCCCAGUGCAGGCCAGCUGGUGUCCCAGUACCAUUCGUAGGUUGUCUGUGGCUUGUUGUUUUUCACCUCCUGAUUAACCCUAUCUAACAACGUGUGUUUUUUGGACUGUAAUGAAUGUAGAUGCUUUUCCACCGGUCAGAAGUGAGGCAACGAGUGGCUCUGGUUGUGGUUUCACUUGCCAUGAGGAGAUGGUCCUGCAGACAGACUCGGUCAGGGUUGGGUGGCCCCUGCCAGGCCAGACUGCAGGGCUUGGCCAGUCCGUGCCCAGCACCUUCCCUCCCUCCCUCCCAGCAGCCUCAGCACACAGAGCCGCCUUCAAAAGUCAUGGAAAGUGGCCUUUUCCCUGAGGCUUUGCUGUUCCAGCACUACACAGGCUUGGAGACCUCAAAUCCGAGCUCGUCCGGAGGGACUGCGGCGUUUCCUGCUGUUCUCACGGAUCUGUGACAAUCCUCACCUCGGGCAGUUGGUGGCAGCGAGGUGACCUCCCUGCAGAGCGGUGAGGGGCAGCAGCCCGGCCCUCCUGCAUUCUGAGUCCCCGUGGUGCUGCUUCCAAAUCCCUGGCACGUCCCAGGCGCAGGGGGGUGCUCAGCUCACCCCUGAGCAGCCCCAGCUCUGUUGUUCCUGGUCAUUACUGGUCAUCAACCUUUGCACAGUACGAGGGUUUCUCAGUUGAAGUGCAAGGGCACCUGCCUCACCUCUUCCCAGGCAUUCCCAGUUUCCGUGCGCAUUUCCCUCUGUUCCUGUGCAUUGCUGAUGGAAGCAGGAAGAGAGGCUGGAUGUGCACCUGCCUGUUACCUAUAAUGCAGCAGAUGGACAAGAAUUUACCAAACGGUUCAGGAAAACGUGGAAUGUUCUCCGUGCUGGUGUGUGUUUGCACACUGCCUGUUGGCCAGGCACAGGAGGGAGAUCACAAACAUCACCUGUUGAGCUGUGGAGCUCAGUGACCUUGAAGAUACCCCUUGUACCCGUUCAGGGCCAGCUGCUUUUCCCCAUGGCUGUCACAGAGACGGUGGCUGGUCCUGGGCUGCCUGACCCGCCCCACCCUCACUGCCCACGAGUGAAGACCACGAGACUCUUCCUCCCCUCCUCUGCAGAGGAAGCUGGAAUUAAGCUCAGCCUGGCAGAAAGAUCGGAGCCGCCGGAGUCUGCGUGGGACUGGCUGGAGUGGUGCUGCCUCAAGGCCCCUUCUCCAACUUCUGGUCCAGCACAUGGAGCCUUUGCCACUCUGGGCAGCUGCUGCCACUGGAUUUCACUGCUGGAAGUCAAAACCUGGCUGUCCUUGGCUAGAACAUGACUGCUUCUUCUCCUCCUGCUGCUCCAGCCGGGAUCCUGGGGCUGUGCUGGCUGGAGUCUCCUCCUCAACCGUGCAGCAGCAGCCUGGGAGUGCCCUGCACCUACUCAGCAGAAGCUGUUAGAGAUGGCCAGGGUGUGCUCCAUGCUUCAGGGAGAUGGUGUGAGCUGUGUGUUGUCAGCCUGCUUCCAGGUGGGAUGGUUUUAAAACGGCCAGUACUAAAAAAAUAGAAAAAACCCCAACCCUGGGUCCAUGGACCUGGAGACCGAAGCUGACUCUGUGCAAUGCAAACAGUGAGAUGGAUUCACAGCCCAGGCUCUGUGUCUGUUGGGAUGUCUGUGACUGUGCCCACUCCUGGCACCACCCCUCUUCCAAAGGCGGUGGGAACGUCAUUGCUGGACCCACCUUCCCCGGGGGGGUCUGAUCUGGGUUCUGCACCUCGGGGUGUCGGGUACAGGUGGAAAUAGCGGAAUAAUUGGAAUUUGAGAGAAGCAGAGCUGUGCACUUGGCUCUGGGAAGAGCAGGGCUCGGGCUGGCCCUGCCUAGCUGCAGUGGGAGCCUCCCACUGGCUGUUCCCUGGAAGUUCUGUUCUCAUUAUUAUUUUGUUACGUGAAUUCUCUUCCCAAAUCCCACCUUCCUGCUCCCCCUGCGUGGGGCAGAUCUGGCAGAUUGUCCUGUCACAGAGGGAGAGGAGUCAAACUCUGAACUACACCUGAGCAACUUCUGUUCUUACGGCUUUUCCGCAGUUUGAUGCAAUUCUGGCUUUUGUAGAUAGAUGAAUGUAAUUCCUUGUUGGACAUGCCUGUUCCCAGAAGUAUGAGCCAUUCUGUUGUACCACGUCACCUUCCGAGCAGAGCGGGCCCGGCCCGGCUCCUGUGCUAUUUGAUGAAUGUAUCCGAUGCUCUCGUCCCGUGUUCACACUCUGCUUUUUGGCCAGCUUUGUGAUUUGUAAAUAGGAAAACAAU